AUGUGGAGAUUGCAAACACUCGUAAGUUUCCUGUGUAUUUCAUCGAACGUUAAUGCAGGCUCUCAUUCUUUAUAUGCAUUUGCAACCUUCAUAAUAGGAGAGACACAAUUCCCUCAAUUCAGCGUUGUGUUACUGUUGGAUGAUGUUCAGGUGGCAUACUACGAUUCAACUGAGAGAAAAGUUAUCCAUCGUAGACACAAUAAUACUGAAGACUACGAUGCAGAGCAACGUUAUCUUGGCCUAAUAUUCGAAGAUAUAUAUGAUGGAAUGAAACAUCGUGCAUUAUAUAUGAAGCAUCAGUACAAUGCAACACAUGGGGUUCAUGCUCAGCAGAGACUCGCAGGAUGCGAUUUUUAUGAGAGCGACAAUUCAGGAAAAAUGAUGCUGUGGGAUACAUUUAACGGCAUAAAAAUAGAUGAAUUACACUUCAACACCCAACAGUUCAGUUAUGAGGUUAAUAGCAAGUGGUCAGAUAUCUUCAGUAUAAACAAGGUCCAGUUUCAACAGCUGUUCUCAAAUAUUUAUUAUCCUAUCUGCAUCAGAACACUAAGGAAAUACCUUCUCAUGGAAAAAAACAGUGUAAGGAGGAAAGUGAAGCCCAGAGUAAGAAUCCUCAAGAAGACACUCACAGACUCUGGAAUGGUUCAGGUGAGCUGUCUGGCCACUGGUUUUUACCCUCGUCACAUCAACCUGACCAUUCUCAGAGAUGGUCAGCCUGUGUUUGAAGACCAGAUCACUGGAGGAAUUCUGCUACCUAACACUGAUGGAACUUAUCAGAUGAGGAAGAGUCUGGAGAUCAGUGAAGAGGAACUAAGAGAGAAACACAAAUACACCUGCACUGCCACUCACCUCAGCCUGGACAACAAGCUGGACAUACAUACUGAUAAUAGUCCAGACCCACUUAUUCUACCCCUAAUGAUCUCUAUACUGGUGGUCUUGUUUGUGUUGGUGAUGGCACCUAUCACUGGCUGUAUCAUAUGGAAGAGAUGUACAGGGCGCAAACAACUGACUCAGGGAGGAUAUGCUGCUACUGCAAAUGCAGAAGAAAAUGGGCCCUCUGCAGACUUCAAAUGAAGAUUAUAAAUCUUUUCCUGAGCAAUGACCUCAGAAUGCUUUAACAGAACAAAGCUAGUAAUGUUGAAUUAUGACAUGAAUCAUAAUUGAUUCUGACCUUAACACUUUCAGCGUG